UUUUUCGUCCGACCCGCCUGCCCGCCCGCCGGCGCCGUUGAAGAGCAACACGGCGGUGGCGAGAUCGCCAACUUCUCCUCGUCGUCGUUCUCGUAAUGACCUUUUGACAUGGCGGUUCUCCUCCCUCGGCCGCUGAUGCUCUCCCUGCUUCCCCGAAGCCUGGCGCCGUUUCGACCGCUUGGCUGGGUUCGCCGAGCGAGCGUGUGUCCCCCGGAAGUCAGCGCCGAGCGCGUCCGUAAGACUUUCUUGGACUUCUUCGAGCGGGAGCAUGGACACCUGUCGGUGCCGUCGUCCCCGGUCCGGCCCAGGGGGGAUCCCAGUCUGCUCUUUGUCAACGCCGGAAUGAACCAGUUCAAGCCCAUCUUGUUGGGCACAGCAAACCCUCGCAGCGCCAUGGCCUCCUACCGCCGCGUGGUCAACAGUCAGAAGUGCGUGCGGGCGGGCGGCAAGCACAACGACCUGGACGACGUGGGCAAGGACGUGUACCAUCACACGUUCUUCGAGAUGAUGGGCAACUGGUCCUUCGGUGACUACUUCAAGGAAGAGGCCUGCGCCAUGGCCUGGACGCUGCUGACGGAACGCUACGGGAUGGCGUCCGACAGGCUCUACGUGUCUUACUUUGCCGGCGACGCCGCUUUGGGCCUGGGAGCCGACGAGGAAACGCGCCGUAUCUGGCUGGACCUCGGGGUUCCUCCGGAUCGCCUCCUCCCGUUCGGCCUGAAGGAGAACUUCUGGGAGAUGGGCGACACGGGCCCCUGCGGCCCCUGCACCGAGAUUCACUACGACCGGGUGGGAGGCCGCGACGCCGCCCCCCUGGUCAACGCCGGCUGUCCGGAUGUGCUGGAGAUCUGGAACCUGGUCUUCAUGCAGUACAGCAGGGAGCAUGACGGGGAGCUCCGCGCGUUGCCGUGCCCCAGCGUGGACACGGGUUUGGGUCUGGAGAGGCUGCUCAGCAUCCUUCAGGGCAAACGCUCCAACUACGACACGGACCUCUUCACCCCGCUGAUGGACGCCAUCCACCGGAGAAGCGCCGCGCCGCCGUACGGCGGCCAGACAGGACCCGAGGCGCGGGUGGACACGGCGUACCGGGUGGUGGCCGACCACGCCCGCACCCUGGCGGUCUGCAUCGCCGACGGGGUCCACCCCGGCGCGUCGGGAGCCGAGCUGGUGCUGAGGAGGAUCCUGAGGCGGGCGGUCCGCUUCUGCUCGGAGGUCCUGCGGGCUUCCCGGGGAACGCUGGCGAGCCUGGUGCCGCACGUGGCGCGCAGCCUGGGGGACGUGUAUCCGGAAGUGCGCCGCGAGGUCCACAGGGUGAUGGAGGUCAUCGACCAGAACGAGGAUCACUUCUUGUCCAAUCUGCAGCGGGGCAGCCGGCUGGUGCGCCGCACCCUCCGAACCUUGGAUCCACAGCGCCCUCUCUUUCCCGCGGCGGUGGCGUGCUCGCUGCACCAGGACUUGGGCUUCCCGCUGGACCUGGUGGAGCUGAUGCUGGACGAGGAGGGCGCCUUCGUUGACCGCCAGGAAGUGGAACGGCUUGUCGCAAAGCAACACAAGGUGAUGUCGGAGCGGGCCGACAAUCGGCUGACAUUGAACGCGGUCGCCCUGGACCAGCUGCGGCGAGAGGGCGUGGCUCACACGGACGACAGCGCCAAGUACAAGUACGCGGUCCAGCGGGAAGGCUACGUGUUCCCGACGUGCCAAGCGCGCGUACUGGCUCUGUUUGACGGCACGGCGCUGGUGUCUCAAGUGGAACCGGGUCAGCGCUGCGCCGUCAUCCUGGACCGGACUUCCUUCUACGCCGAGCAGGGCGGACAGGACGCCGACUGCGGGUACUUUGUACGAGGCGGUGGACAGGAAGACCUGCCCUUCUCCGUGGAGCACGUGACGGCGGCGGGGGGCUACGUGAUGCACCAGGUGACGGCUGCUGACGCCCUCCAGACCGGAGACCGCGUACACCUCCAUCUGGACCAGGCCCACCGUGUGGCGUGCAUGAGAAACCACACGGCCACGCACCUGCUCAACCAUGCCCUGCGCGACCUUCUGGGCCCGUCCGUCAGCCAGAGAGGAUCGCACGUGUCCGCUCGGCGCCUACGCUUCGACUUCAGCGUCAAGGGCUCGCUGAGCGCCCAGCAGCUUCGGCAGGCGGAGGCCUGCGUCAAUGCGGCCGUGGCGGCCAACCAGGCGGUGCACGUCCAGGAGGUCCCCCUGAAGGUCGCCAUGAACAUCCCAAACAUCCGCACAGUGGACGAGGUGUAUCCCGACCCCGUUCGAGUAGUCUCGCUGACGGUUCCGGUUUCAGAACUUUUGGAGCGCCCUGUGGUCGAGCGCGCGUCGGUGGAACUCUGCUGUGGAACUCACCUAGUGCAGACGGCCUCCGUCGGCGACCUGGUGAUCGUGUCCGAGCGGCAGCUAGUCAAAGGGAUCGCUCGCAUUGUCGCCGUCACGGGAGCGGAGGCCGCUCAGGCUCGGGAGGCGGGCCAAUCGCUGCUGGAGGAAGUGGACUCCCUGGCGGCCAGAAUGGCGGCUUCCGCCUCCUCCCGUUUGGACUCGGCGCAGAGUCUCGCCAAGGAAGUGGGCGUGCUCUCUGAUGCGGUGGAUAACACGCCCAUCCCCCAGUGGCUGCGAGGAGAACUGCAGGCACGCCUCAAGACCAUGCAGAGGCGGAGCAACACUUUGGUCAGGAAGCUGGAGAGCGCCCAGGCGGCGGUUGCGGCCCAGGCGGUGCUGGCCGGCGCCAAGCAGGAAGCUGUGCUGGUGGACGCUGUGCUGGUGGACGCCGUGGAGGCGCCGUCCUUGGCGGUGCUGGUCAAGACGGUGAACCUGGUGAGUUCAGCGCAUCCUUCCGCUCACGUCAUGCUGUUGGCUCCCCAGAAGCAUCCCGCAAAAGUCCUGUGCGCCUGUCAGGUUCCCAAGGACUCGGCGGCAGCGCUCCCGGCUUCCGAUUGGGCAACGGCCGUUUGUCGGAGGAUGGGCGGCGACGGCGGCGGCUCGGCAGUGGUGGCGCGUGGAACCGGAAGUAGCCAUGACAUGGCUGAAGCGCUGACCUGGGCCCAAACGUUUGCUCGCACUCGUCUCGUGACCCUGACGGCGUCGCAGCGACCCGAACAGCUUCCUGCGCAGUCAGGAAGUCUGGGGGCGGGGCCCGAGCGCUAAGCAUGGCGUGAUGACAAUGGUGAGUGCAAGCCCCGCCCCUACGUCCGCCCUCCUGCCCAGAAACUCGCUGUCAAGAUGCCACUUUUUGAAGAAAGGCGCUCAAGUACUGCAAAUCUAACAUAAUAUUCGAAUAUAUUCUGUCAUGAUCAUGGCGGUGAGAGCAACAUAAGUAUGCCGAUCAUGUCGCUUCUCAUACAAUUGUGUCAAUGUGGGCUCGAGUAAAGAUGGAUUGAAUUGAA